AUGACUGAACGAGCACCCGCCGCCGACGCACGCCUGCAGCAGGUUCUGAAACAUGUCAACACCACUUCUGAUAUCGGCGCCGUCGCAGCCGAGACAACUCCCCACGAUACGUUUACCAGCGCAGCAACUCUACCAGGAAGCAGGCUUUCUAGUGCUGCUACAUCAUCGAUUAAACACGGCAAGUCUGGGUCGUCAGGACAUAAGGCGGUCCCAUCGACAGCCGAGGUGACUACUCAAGGACACGUCCUGUACCGCAGUGCUGGUAUACAAACACUUCCACCAAGCAAUGCCGAUGGUUUCCGCAAGAUUUACGAUCGCGAGCCUACACACCAGGAGCUCGUCAGCAAAAUUGGAUCUGCAGCACUUGGUCGCUACAAGCCGGGACCAUCAGCGCACGACGUCGUUCAGAGCGCGCCAUUCCCCGCUCCAGACGUUUCCAAUAGGCGUGCAAACUAUGUCACCUCAUCGUUCCAGACCAAGGAUGUAGCGCAAUGCAAGAAGGAUCUUCUAAAAGCAAAGGUCAAGGCAUCGCUGUUAGUUAACAAACAGCGCGACGCAGCUCUGUCGGCAGGAUACAAGGUCUGGUCGGAAACAAGAGACGACUACAUCGUACACUCAGAGCAGCUCGACACCAGUGUUCAGUUUGAUCACCAAGGCAACGCGACCAACGCGAAUGUUGAAGGCCUUUCCUUACCCAACAUCUACGGUGAAGAGGUCGAGCCGCGUCCUACCAUCGCCCAUCCCACGCAACUCUCAAAUCGUGGAACGCCAGAGACAGAGGCUGGUGUCGACGCAAAAUCAAGAGAGCACACCUUCAGCGCAGCUUCAAGUCUUACGCCGCCACCAACGCCGCCCUCACUCAAACAACACGACGCCAAUGCCAAUGGAAGCACACCCCAGCGCAUUCGUACUGUCGAAACCUGCAUACCGAGUGAGAAGUCCGACCCACCGUCUAUUGAAGAUUACGGCUACGUUCAACUCGUCCCAAAAGAAGCCAAAAAGCAAGAUGUGGACGGGGACAGUGGACAGGAACAAAUGCGACAGAAGAGAAAGAGCUCGGAAGUAAGCGAGGAGGACCCCAUAGAGGGUCAAAAACAGAGGACGGCCGUCAUUGAAAGCAAUGAGAGGACCGUCAUGGUGUUUGGCGGCGAGAGAUUUGCGGACGAGUACAUUGUUUACGACGCCACGACGUCGAAUACUGUGAACUCCGACACUUCAUCUCGAUCGCCUUCUAACAUAAGCAAGAAGAGAAAGUCUGCCGACCAAUGCGAGCCUGAAGUAAUUACCAGACCGCCCAAGCGCUUCAAGUCGUCAGCCACUCAUACCGAUUCUUCCCCUAUCAGAACGGAUACUAAGACAGACCGUUUUGUACAAGAUGGCAGUGUCGCGCGCAAUGACGCGUUGACUGCCAGUGUUAAAUCCGCACAAUGCAAUGAAGCUCCUGGGGAGGCGAAACGACACCGUGCUCGGUCGAUCCCUCCAAAUCGGCCACGCGAAGGCCAACAUCACUCCGAGGAUGAUCGCCACUCACGCAAUUCACGACGAGAUCGGGAGCCCAGACGGCGAAGCCGAUCUCCCGCUUCUAAACAUAAUGAUGAUCGUUAUAGGUCAAGAAGCAGCACCAGACAACCGUCUGAAAGCCCAUACCAAGAAGGGCGUCGACUCCACAUGACAGAGUCGCAGCCGCGCCAGACAGGCCCAACACAUGGUCUUGCCAAGAUUGACGCGACAGAGCAGAAAGGAACGGAGAACCAAGCACAACGCUCAAGUGACUUGGACGAGACAGUCCUUGCACGUGAGAAGGAAGACGACAGGCGAAUGGAGCGAGCGAAGCAGAUUACCGACGAAAAGCGAGAGAAGCAUCGUCAACAAGAAGAAGUCGAGAUACAGCGGGCGAAGCAGAUCACCGACGAAAAGGUGGCGAAGCGUCGUCAGCAGGAAGAAGCCGAGAUGCAGCGAGCACGUGAAGCCAAAAACGAACGGAGAUCGGAGAUUGAAGAGAAGAAGCGAGCUCAAGAGGAAGAGUCUCGUCGCCGAGAAGAGGAGAAGGACAGGCAACGCCGCCGCCGCCAUCACGGAGACUCACAAGACAGGAGUAGCAGCAAACGUGCGACAGUAGUGGAACCACCAGCGGAGCCAGCUGCGCCGGUCGACAGAUAUGCACUGGCACGAGAAGUUGAGGCACGACGCCGAGAAAAGAUGUUUGCAGCGCGUUCUACUGGUGAGGUGGACAGUCGAGCACAUGAACGGUCAGCUGCCACAAACAAGCGUGGCAGUAGAUUAGAAGUAGAGCCAAAGAAGCCAGAAAAGAAGGUGGAAGAUGACAAGGUAAGUAAGCCGAAAGCGAAGCCGAGACCGAGUCGGACUGCUCGCGGAGAGAUCGAGCGUUACGAUCCGAAGAAGAGGUUUGGACGUGGCGAAUAG